AUGAGAUUAAUCUGUCCGUGGGCCACCCUGUUUUGUGCGGUUGCUGGUUGGAAUCAUGCGUCGUCGUCAAUGGCGGCCAAUGCCUUGUCUGCCAUCACCGUGACGACUCGAACCACUAUACCGGAUCAAUCACCCAAAGAUGUUCAAGAUUUCUUGGCGUCUCCCGGGAAUUGGCCCAAGAUUGUGUCCACGUCCAUGGGAGUCGAGUCUGAGCAAAAUGAUGUGGACAAGCCAUUGCCGGUGGGGGGAACAGUGGAUGAACUCUUUGGAUUGCCACCCAUACUGCCACUCUAUGUUUCUUGGACAUGCACCAAAAAUAAUAAUUACAGACCACCAUCAUCAUCUGCCAAUACAAAGCAACAACAAAACGCUCUGGGACGCUUGGAGUUCUUUUCUACCAAAGGACUACAAGGUGUCGCAGAAAAUUGCGAAAUGGUAUUUGACAUACAGCAGCAGCAACUACAACAGCAAUCAUCCUCCUCCGGCACUAAUGUGGUUCUAAACAUGAAAUAUGAUCCAGUGUCCUUCUUGGCCGUACUGGCGGUACCCAUUUUGACACUCGACAAUACCAUUGCACUACAAUUUCUGUUGCCUGCAGCCAUGAGGGAUCAGCCAGAGCUCGACAAAUUUCGCAACCUCAUGGGGUCCUUGUAUGGCGUGGCUGGAUUGGCUCAUCUCGCAGACUGUAUUGUGGGCGACAGUCAGUUGCUCACCAUGGCUGGAGCACCUACGUUUGACAUGCUUCCGCUGGUUGGACAAGUCUAUGCCCUUCUGUGGUGCUUGAUGGGACCACUAUCCUUUGCAAUGACCAAGUUGUUUGGUGGCAAGGGGUUUGCAGACAUGGGACUGAUACUGUACGGUCUCGUGGAAGUGGUAGGAGCGGGUCUUAUUGACGUUUUCUAUGGCAGUGGUAGUCUAGAGGCAUCUGCCUUGUUGAUCAUGAACCCACUGCUCAAUGCAAUACUGGUUCAAGCCGUUGUGGCCGGGGCAUGGUCUUAUUCCGCCAACAAGGUUCCGGACGGUGUAACACCAUGA